AUGUGUUUGCAGACUUUAAAGGUGAGUUAUGUUAAGAAUGUGUCGAUCGGGCGCGGGUUACGGUUUGUGGACAGUAAGGCAUUCCACGUGUUCAUCUACGCAUCAAACAACGUGCGUGUGGAGCACGUGCACAUAUUUGCCCCUGGGGACAGCCCCAACACGGAUGGGGUCCACAUCGCCCUCUCCAACAACACGCGGAUAACCGACUCCAUUAUUGGGACGGGCGACGACUGCGUAUCGAUUGGGGACGGGUGCAGUGGGGUGAAUGUGACUGGAGUGUGGUGUGGGCCCGGGCACGGGAUCAGCAUCGGGAGCCUGGGGAAAUACGAGGGGGAGGGGAACGUGGCGGAGGUUACCUUAAAGAACUGCACUUUCGACGGCACAGAAAAUGGGGUGAGGAUCAAGACGUGGGCUAAGUCGCUGUCGUCGUUGGUGGUGUCGGGAGUGACGGUCGAGGAGAUUGUAGUGAAGGGGGCUAGUAACCCGAUCAUCAUCGACCAGUUCUACUGCCCGGGCGAGACAUGUGCCCCUGGAUGGGAGUCGAGCAUACAGAUCAAAGGGGUCAAAUUUGCGGGGGUGAAGGGGAUGUCGGCCACGGAGGCCUCGGUUAGCCUCAACUGCAGCAAGAGCCAUCCGUGUGAGGACAUUGAGUUCUUCGGGCUGAACCUCACCUAUGCGAAUGGACAGCCAUCCGUUGCUUUGUGCGCUAAUGCAGACGGUAAGUUUGAUGGGUUGUCGGCUCAAGUCCCUUCUCGUUGUUCCACGUAG